AUUGUUUGUUACACUUCUAUGUUCCAACAAAAUACAAUAAACACCACACUCAUAUAUCAAUUCGCAGUAGUUUGUGUUGAGUGGUUUAAACAAAAUAAUAUUUCUGUUUUGCAUCAAGGGUUCUGAAUUUUGAUUGUGGAAGACAAGAACAAUAGGAAAGAGGUGUCAUAAAUGCUCAUUUACCUGCGAAAAUUCUGAAGUACUUUGGAGAUAAGGAUGCUUGAGGAAUGGCAUCAAAUCAUUUCUCAAACUAUGAAGGAAUCUAUAACAUUGUUCACCAACCUGCUCUCAUCGUUGCCGGGUGUUCUGUGCUUGUAGCUCUAGUGCUCUCCCUUUUUCUCAUUUUUCAACAUCUCAGAUCGUAUACCAAUCCUUCGGAACAAAAAUGGAUUGUUGCUGUCAUUUCUAUGGUCCCAAUCUAUGCUACCGAGUCGAUAAUUUCUUUGUGGAAUCCAAGAUUAUCUCUUGCUUGUGACAUUUUAAGAAACUACUAUGAAGCCUUUGCUCUAUAUUCAUUUGGAAGAUAUCUCAUUUCCUGUCUAGGGGGUGAAAGAAAGGUUGUAGAACUACUUGAAGAUGAAUCUGAAGAACACCUCGAAAAACCCUUAUUGCAUGAUUCUGACGAGAAUAAUGGCACGGAACAGAGAUCAUUUUGCAACUUCUUUUGGCAUCCAUGCAGGCUUGGAAAAGAUCUUCUUGCUAUUGAGAAAUUUGGUCUCGUCCAAUAUAUGAUCCUGAAGACUGUUUGUGCAUUCUUAGCAAUGAUAUUGGAGCUCUUUGGUGUUUAUGGUGAUGGAGAAUUCAAAUGGUACUACGGGUAUCCAUAUAUGGCAGUAGUAUUGAAUUUCAGCCAGAUAUGGGCAUUAUAUUGCCUUGUGCAGUUCUACAAUGUUACUCACGAGAGACUUCAACCAAUAAAGCCGCUCGCAAAAUUCAUCAGCUUUAAGGCUAUAGUGUUUGCUACUUGGUGGCAGGGUGUUGGUAUUGCACUAUUAUGUACAUUUAGAGUGCUACCGAAUGACGGAAAAUUACAAACUGGACUGCAGGAUUUCUUAAUCUGUAUAGAGAUGGCCAUUGCAGCUGUUGCACAUGUGUUUGUAUUUUCCGCAAAACCAUAUAAUUUUGUUCCCGUCUCUUCUGCACAUGGUAGAGUCACAAAGGAAACAAUAGAAGCAACAUUGGAUAUCGAUGAAGGGGGAGAGCAUAAACCAGCUGUGCUUAAAGAAACAACGACGCAGGUGGAGGCUCCAAGAACUAGUGUCAAGGAGAGCGUCCAAGAUAUAGUUGUCGAAGGCGGUCAACGAGUUGUCAAGGAUGUCGCACUAACGAUAAAUCAAGCAAUAGGGCCGGUAGAAAAGGGAGUGACUAAAAUUCAGAAGACUUUCCAUAAAAAAACAGUGGUUUCAUCAGAUGAUGAGGAAGAAGAAUCAGAUAUAGAAAUCGAGACAAAUGUCACAGAAAAUCUCACGGCGAAAGAAAGCGAUGAUAAUGAAAUGGUGUAGUUACAAGGAUGUAGGAGAAACUAAAAGAGGUUGCUUUUGUUUUUCAGAUUAAGCUAUCAUAUUACAUGUGAAAUGUUGUGACCAGUUUUACAUGGGAAAUUUCAUGCAAAGAUGCCGAUUUGCCAGCCAAUUACUAGUUCAAGAAUAGAUUGUAUAAA